GGAGAAGGGGCCUACAGGGCUCCGCGGAAACCGUGUGUGAGGCUGGCGGCCGGCGGGAGAGGCGUCUGGGGUGAACUGGCCCGAGAGGGAGCCCCGUUCCCGAACAGCCCGCGGAGGCCGCCUAGAGGGCGGACAGGUAGAAGGCAGGGAGGGCCAGCAUGCCCCCAGUGCCGCUCCCCGUCCUGCUGCUGCUCCUGGGCGCCACGCUGACCUUCCGGGCGCUCCGACACACGCUCUGUCGCCUGCCCCUGCCUGCACACGUGCGCGCCGACCCCCUGCGCACCUGGCGCUGGCACAACCUGCUCGUCUCCUUCACUCAUUCCAUUGUGUCAGGGAUCUGGGCACUGCUGUGUAUAUGGCAGACCCCUGAGAUGCUGGUGGAAAUUGAGACAGCAUGGUCGCUUUCUGGCUAUCUGCUCGUUUGCUUCUCCACAGGGUAUUUCAUCCACGACACCGUGGAUAUCUUGAUUAGCCAUCAGGCACGAGCUUCUUGGGAAUACCUUGUCCAUCAUGUCAUGGCCAUGGGUGCCUUCUUUUCAGGCAUCUUUUGGAAAAGAUUUGUUGGUGGGGGCGUCCUAACACUGCUGGUGGAGGUCAGCAACAUCUUCCUCACUAUACGAAUGAUGAUGAAGAUCAACAAUGCCCAGGAUCUCCUCCUCUAUCGGGUGAACAAAUAUGUCAACUUGGUCAUGUACUUUCUCUUCCGCCUGGCCCCUCAGGCCUACCUUACCCAUUACUUCCUGGGUUAUGCUGGCCAGAGGACCCUGGGAACCUUUCUGCUGAGCAUCUUGCUCUUGCUGGAUGUCAUGAUCCUCAUCUACUUUUCCCGCCUUCUCCGCUCUGACUUUUGCCCUGACCGUGUUCCCAGCCAGCAACACAAAGACAAGUUCUUGACUGAAUGAAAAGCAGAGCUGGGAACUUGUGGCAAGGACAGCAAACACAGCCAAGAACAGCCCCACACAUAAAUGAAGACUUAUCCCCUUGCCGGAGGCAUCCUCUGGGGCCAGCCUCUUCACCCGCUAUUGCAAACCCUAAUGAAAGCACUCCUCUGAAGUUCUUGUUCUUUCUUGGACAAGGGGUGAAGGAAGCAGACAGACUGGUUGGGCAUGGUAGAUGGGUGUGGGGGAAAGGUGCACCCAACCCACAUUGCCCUGAAUGGAUGCUAAUGAAGACUGCGGAUCUCUUCCAGGGAUAAAGGUGUUCUUGUAAAGCUU